AUGCAUAACUCGGACUACAAUACAUGUGUCAGCGUCUUCUUCAUUGGGAUUGUUCUCGGUUUUACAGAAGCACCAUUCUAUUCAGGAGCCUGCUACCUUAUCAGUCUCUUUUAUACAAGGAAGGAAACAGCGACUCGAUUAGCUGUAUUCUACACCGGUAACCUACUGGCGAGCUCGUUCUCGGGACUGAUCGCUGCUGGUGUGUUUGCUGGCUUAGAUGGCCACCGUAGCCUUUCUGGCUGGCGAUGGCUCUUCUUGAUUCAGGGAGUGGUCACUUUUUUCGUCGCUAUUGUUGGGUUCUUCGUUCUUCCCAACAAGCCACUCGACACCCCUUGGCUCAAUGCCGAGGAGCGUCAGCUGGCACAUGCCCGAAUCGCGCGUGACACCACCGAGAAGCGUGUUGCAACCAGUUCCUGGGCAGGACUUCGAGAUGCCGCCAUGGACUACCGGACCUGGCUGUUUGCUCUCAUGGCCAACCUCCACCUGUCCGCCAACAAUUUCAAAAACUAUAUGCCGACCGCCGUUGAGACACUAGGGUUUAGUACUACCGUCACUCUGGUGCUGACUUGCCCUCCUUAUCUCUUUGGGGCAUUCACCUCCAUCGCAGUGUCUUGGUCGUCUGGCCAUUUCAAUGAGCGCACAUGGCACGUUACGCUAUCGAAAGCUAUAGCUAUCGCAGGGUUCGUACUCGCGAUGGCAACAUAUAACAUUGGUGCACGAUACUUCUCCAUGUUUGUAUUUAUAGGAGCAACUUAUGGGGUUAACAACAUCAUCCUGGCAUGGGCAUCAGCCACACUGGGUCAGACGGACGAGAAGAAGGCCGCCGUUCUGGCAAUCGCUAAUACGUUGGGUAACCUCUCUUUCGUUUACACUCCAUACCUGUGGAACGAUGCAGACGCACCGUUGUAUCCCGCGGCCAGGGCGUUGAUACGCUACGUCGCGGCAUAG